AUGGAUUCUUCCUCUACAAAUUCUGUCAAUGGUUUCUACUCUUUUCUAACUAGAGGGAUCGAUGAUCUUGAACGUGUUUAUCUCGCUAACAAUUUCAUGUCCAUUCAAUUCCUUCAAAGGGUUCUUUCUUUAUUAAGAUCUUUUCACUCCCAGUUGACUUUGCUUGUCCAAAAACUCCAUUUGCCUGUUGGUGAUAAGUGGCUGGAUGAAUACAUGGAUGAGAGUUCUAAGCUAUGGGAGGCAUGUCAUGUCCUUAAAUCAGGCAUAUCCGGCAUCGAAAAUUACUACUCUGCUGGAUUCAAUAUCACUUCUUCUCUUGACAAUCAUCGCCAUCUUAGCUCCCAGCUCUCUCGCCAGGUUAUAAGGGCAAUUUCCGGGUGUAGAAGAGAAGCAGUGGGAUUAGAAGAAGAAAAUAGAGCUUUAAUGGAAACAAGAAUCCAACCACUAUCCUUGAGGUUUGAUGAGAAGAUUUCUAUUGAAUCCAAACUCAACGGAUUCAGUGGUUUUCGUGGGGUUUUAUAUGCAAUGAGAAACGUAAGCUCUUUGCUACUAAUGAUCCUGCUCUAUGGACUAGUCUAUUGUUGGCCAGAAUCAAGUUUUCUGCGAGGAGGGUAUGAAGGGUGCUUGUUUUUUGGAUCAGCUUUCAUGAUCUCAACAGGAAGAUUGCAGCAGAGAGUAGCAGCCGAGAUAAACCAGAUAAACGGGAGGCCAGGGAUUCUGCUUUAUGAGUUCAGGACAUCAAAGAUGGCCAUGGAGGAGCUUAGAGGAGAGCUUGAGAGAAAGUGUGGACAAGGAGGAGCUGUAGAGUGGGAAACAGAGGUGGGGAUAAGAGAAAGAGUGGACAACUUAAGAGGGUGCUUUGGGGUGUUGAGAUCUGGAGCUGAAAAUAUUGUUGGGCAACUUGAUGAUUUCUUUGAUGAGAUUGUUGAAGGAAGGAAGAAACUUUUGGACUUCUGCAGUCAUAGGUAG